AUGCCUACUGAGACGCUGGCGACUGAACAGAUGGAGGACCAGAGGCUAAAUGAGUGUUUAGGAGGAGAGGGAUGCCCCCAGCAUGAGGGCAAAUCUUCAUGUGGCUUUGCAAGAGAAACACCGUCUGAACCUUCAACCAAUCGGCUGUCACCUGAAGGCAUCCAAGUCCAGUCAGACUCUGAGUGGCUGAAGCAGAAGGAGACUCAGGGCAAGCGGAGAACCUGGAACAGUUUUACAGGUGCACAGCCUGUUCCUGACAUACUAAUACGACAUUUGUGCAGCCUCUUAUUCAUUGCCCGACUUCAAGCUGACCAGGACCAUGAGCAAGGCGUACACCUGUUAGAGGUGAAGGUGUGUGACCUGGAGCAGACAUGCAGGUCACAGAGUGAACACUUCCAUCAGCUGUCCAAAGAAGUGCUGAGUUUGCGUUUACAAUCCAUCCUGCAGUUAAGCCCGCCUCUUAAGUGCCAAGGUCCGCGCACGUCACAGGUGGGACCAAGAGACCUGGUUGGAUCUGAAAGCAGACGCACGCAGUGCCCACAGCAGACUGGAGACAAAGGAGGACCGCAUUGGCCGUCCGUCAAGUCCCGCACCGGCUGCCCCCGGCGGCUGAACCCGUCCGAGAUGGAGGAUGAAGCGAGCCCGCCAGCCAGGCCCAAGCCUCGGUACACGGGCCAGGUCCGCCUUUGCACUGCCCGAUACAGUUAUAACCCCUACGACGGACCGAACGAGCACCCUGAAGCAGAGCUCCCCCUUGUGGCGGGGAAGUAUUUGUACGUCUACGGCAACAUGGACGACGACGGCUUCUAUGAAGGGGAGCUCCUGGACGGCCAGCGAGGACUGGUCCCUUCCAACUUUGUGGAGUUCAUCCAGGACAAAGAGAAGCUCACCAUUCAAGCCGGAGACGGUGGUGAGGAGCAUAAAGCCCUGGCCUUGAUGACAGUGGACGGGGGUGGUGGCCAGGACCGUCUGCUGGGCUUGUCCAAGGCCUUGGUUCCCUGUAGCAACGGGACAGCGGGGCCCUUGGACCCCGAGGACCUGGCUGAAGACGUUGUGCCUUAUCCUCGUAAGAUCACCUUGAUCAAGCAACUGGCGCGGAGCGUCAUCGUGGCCUGGGAUCCUCCGGUCGUGCCUUUGGGCUGGGGGAACAUCUCCGGCUACCAGGUGUUGGUGGACGGCGAGCUGCGUGCCACUUUACAGUCCGGCGGACGCACCAAGUCCUUGCUGGAGAAGCUGGACCUGGACGGCUGCGUUCACCGCGUGUCCGUGCAGAGCGUCACCGACAGGGGCGUGUCGGACCAGCUGCGCUGCACUUUGUUGGUGGGAGCCAACGUGGUGGUGGCCCCUUGUGGCCUCCGGGUGGACGACAUCCGGCGGGACACGGCCGAGCUCUCUUGGUUGCCUAGCAACAGUAACUACGGUCACACCGUCUUCCUGGACGGGGCGGAGCACGCGGUGUUGAAGCCGGGCAGGUACAGACUGCGUUUCUUCAACCUGAAGCCGCUGACGGUGUACAAGGUGACGGUGUCGGCGCAGCCCCACCAGGUGCCGUGGCAACUGCCUCUGGAGCAGCGGGAGAGGAAGGAGGCAGGAGUGGAGUUCUGCACUCAGGCUGCAGGUCCAACAUCAUAUUGCAGAACAGGGCCUCCACUGCCCCCGCAAGAUGUACAGGUGCUGUGUGGGCAGGCACCCGGAGUCCUGCAGGUCCGCUGGAAGCCCCCCGCCCUUUCUCCCACGGGCACGUCCAACGGGGCCAACGUCAUCGGUUACGCCGUCUGCACCAAAGGACAGAAGAUAGCAGAGGUGAUGUUCCCCAUGGCCGACUAUGUGACCGUGGAGCUGACGCGGAUUCAGUGCCUGGAGGCCAGGGAGGUCAUAGUGAGGACUCUGUCCGCACAGGGAGAGUCCCAGGACUCCCACAUCGCCGCCAUUCCAAACAACCUGCUCGUGCCUCUACCUCCAAUUCCGCUGCCGGCGCCAAUGCACCCCCACCCCCACCCCCAGCAGCCUCACCUUACGUCCCCCCACCUUCCUCACGCCACCCCCCAGCUUCCCGCGCUGCCGCCUCCAGCCCACGGGCAACCGCUCCCGCUGCACCCGCAUCCUCCGCACCCUCAACCCCACCCGCGACUGCCUCACCCCGGCCUCCCUCCCCAGGGUCGGCCUCCUCAUCCGCAGGCCCUCCACCCUCUUCACCAAGGUCCGAGGCCGCAGCACCGCCUGCCUCUGCAGCCACACCCUCACCCCCACCCGGUACCUCAGAGACCAGUAAGUGCCAGAGACCUGGAUGCCAAAGAGCAAGUCGCCCACCACGGGGCAGCUGUCCCACCCAACCAACUCGGUUGGGCCCCCGUACGCUCCCCGUCCUCCCAGCCGCUUGUAGCCAUGCAAGGCCACACCCUGGAGGCCCCUCCCCAUGGCAAUCCACGCUCUCCCUCCCCACAAAGGAUUCUACCACAGCCAAGAGGCACUCUAGUCCCGGACAACGUUGCCAAAGCCAUCGCUCGGGAAGCAGCGCAGAGAGUGGCGGCAGAGAGCGGCAAGGGGGAGCGCAGGCCUGCUAGCUACGGCGAGCGGGGUCAGACCUUCCACCAGCACCACUCGGAUGAGGAAGAGGAGGACGAGGAAGGGUUUACGCGCCGCAGGCGAAGGGGUCCUUCGGUGGACGAGUUCCUCCGAGGCUCUGAGUUGGGAAGGCCGCCUCACUAUAGUCACAAUGAAGAGUAUCACAGCGAGAGCAGCCGCGGCUCUGACCUGUCUGACAUCAUGGAAGAGGAUGAGGAGGAGCUGUACUCAGAGAUGCAGCUGGACGAGGGACGCCGACGCAACUCGCACAACACUCCCAAGUCCGCUAACCCCUCGGGAGGCCGUCACCAGCGCGACGGCGGCAGGAGGAUCCACCAUGGCGGCCCGCAGCCUCAGAGACCGCCUCUCGCCGUCCCUGCCAUUGACGGUCCCCGGGAGCGCCGCUCGCCCACCUACCUGGACGAGUCGGAGCCGGAGGAGUCAUUCCGGGUGUUCGUGGCGCUCUUUGACUACGAUCCUCUGUCCAUGUCCCCCAACCCUGACGCGGCCGACGAGGAGCUGCCUUUCAAAGAGGGACAAAUCAUCAGGAUAUACGGGGACAAAGACACAGAUGGCUUCUACCGAGGGGAAGUGCGAGGCAGGAUGGGUCUGAUUCCGUGCAACAUGGUGUCUGAGAUCCGUGCAGAGGAUGACGAGACCAUGGAGCAGCUCAUCAAACAGGGUUUCCUGCCUCUCAGCACCCCGGUGGACAGACUAGAGCAAAACAGGCGAGGUCUCCGUCGAGGUGAAGCCUCCAGGAGGAUGGUGGCGUUGUACGACUACGACCCUCGAGAGAGCUCACCCAACGUUGAUGUUGAGGCUGAGCUGACCUUCUGCACGGGUGACAUCAUUGCGGUGUUUGGUGACAUCGACGAAGACGGCUUUUACUAUGGGGAGAUCAAUGGCCACCGCGGUCUGGUCCCCUCCAACUUCCUGGAAGAAGUGCCUGACGACGUGGAGGUGUACCUGACCGACACGCCCUCCCACUUCCCCCCUGAGGAGCCCGCCAACCGGCCCCCCGCCGCCAACUCGGUCGCUCCCGUCCCGGAUCCCAAACGGAUCACCAUCGACAACGCCAUCGACAACGCCAUCGACAAUUCCAUCGACAACACUGCCACGCCAGUCCGCACGCCAGUCCGCACACCAUCCCCCAUCGUUGGCCCCCUGCUGCCGGGCACCAUGCGGCCUCUCAGCCCCACCAGGGGCCCCCUGCGCGCCCCCCCGGGCCCCUGCGACGCUCACGAUUUAGCAAACAAGAAGAAGAAAGGACUGCUCUCCAAGGGUAAGAAGCUCCUGAAGCGGCUCUCUCCUGCCAAGUAGAACAUGGGCGCGCAGUACACACACUACAUGCAGUACACGCAGUACAUGCAGUACACACACUACAUGCAGUACACGCAGUACAUGAAGUACAUGCACUACAUGCAGUACACGCAGUACAUGCAGUACACACACUACAUGCAGUACACACAGUACAUGAAGUACACACAAUACAUGCAGUACACGCAGUACAUGAAGUACAUGCACUACAUACAGUACACGCAGUAAAUGCAGUACAUGAACAUAGCAGUACUCUCUACUGUGCCAAAAGUAAAGAUUACUUUGAUGUACUUUAC